UACCUAGCUUAACCGACCAGCCAGAUUAUUCUACUAACUUACCAACUGUUCUAGAGGCUUCAAACACACAAUGUGGCUACUAGCUUUAUCCUCUGCUUAGCUCUAGGGUUGCGUUGCAUGAUGUCCGAUUAGCUCUAUCCUCUGCUUCAUCUUCAACAUCUUUCUCAUCAGAUGCAUUGGUAGAGAUUAUUAAACCCGGGGAGAUCGGGAUGGUUUCUGGUAUCCCUCCAGAACAUCUCCAUAGAAGAAGGGUUGUAAUCCACUCACCUGCUGGGAGUGCGAUCCAACAAGGUUCUGGGAGAGUUGGAAAAUGGAAGAUCAAAUUCAUGCCAAACCAGAAGUGGGAAAAUCCUUUGAUGGGCUGGACAUCAACUGGGGACCCAUAUGCCAAUGUUGGCGAUCCUGCACUUAGCUUCGAAAGUGAAGAAGCUGCAAAGAAACAUGGAUGGGAGUAUGUGGUUAAGAAGCACCAUAAGCCACUUUUAAAGGUUUGAUUUUGACUGGAGUAAGAGAGCAGAUAAGCCCUAAGAUAAGAAUGAUUCUAAGUAAAACGGGUUUUCAGUUUAACAAUGGAAGGAGGA